CUUGCCCAAGGUCACACAGUGACAAGUGGCGGAACCGGGAUUAGAACACCCUCUGACUCCCAAGCCCAGGCUCUCAGAUGAAAAGGAGAUCGAGCCGUUCAACUAAUAGUAUGUCUGACCACAGCAGUGAUUCCACAGUUACUGAGGCAUCUCAUCCAGCCCGAGAAGAAGCUAAAUCUGACUCUGAGGAAUCCACAAUGGCUCAAGAAUCCCCUAAAAAUUCAGCAGCAGAAAUUCCAGUGACAAGUAAUGGAGAACUUGAAGAUACUCUUGAGCAUGGCUUCAAUAGGGAGCUGAAGCGUACAUUACCAGCAGGACUCGGUCUGUCCGAAACCCAGAUUACGUCUCAUGGCUUUGACAGCACCAAAGAAGGCGUUGUUGAAGCGGGACCAUUUCAAGAUAACUAUAUGCCCUUUUCAGGUUCCUCAGCACCAUCCAUGUCAUCUGUUAUACCACCUAGUAAUGCUGCAGCUAGCAGACUGGCUGGACAAGGAAGUGAUUUAAUUGUUCCUUCAGAUGGCCAGAGAACACAGCAAAAAAGUGGACCAGUUGUUCUAGCGGAUGAAAUUAAAAACCCUGCUAUGGAGAAAUUAGAACUUGUAAGAAAAUGGAGUCUGAACACUUACAAGUGCACCCGUCAGAUUAUCUCUGAAAAACUAGGCCGUGGCUCAAGAACUGUGGACCUUGAACUGGAAGCCCAGAUUGAUAUAUUGAGAGAUAACAAGAAAAAGUAUGAAAACAUAUUGAAACUGGCUCAGACUUUGUCCACCCAACUCUACCAGAUGGUGCACACCCAGAGGCAACUUGGAGAUGCAUUUGCGGACCUGAGUUUGAAGACAUUGGAACUCCAUGAAGAAUUUGGCUACAAUGCAGAUACCCAGAAACUUCUGGCUAAAAAUGGAGAAACUCUUCUUGGGGCUAUUAAUUUUUUCAUUGCCAGUGUGAACACAUUGGUGAACAAAACAAUUGAGGAUACAUUGAUGACUGUGAAGCAAUAUGAAAGUGCCAGGAUUGAAUAUGAUGCGUACCGCACAGACCUAGAGGAAUUGAAUCUCGGACCCCGUGAUGCAAACACUCUGCCAAAGAUUGAGCAGUCACAACAUCUGUUCCAGGCCCAUAAGGAAAAAUAUGAUAAAAUGCGCAACGAUGUUUCUAUCAAAUUAAAAUUUCUAGAAGAAAAUAAGGUGAAGGUGUUGCAUAAUCAGCUAGUUCUUUUCCACAAUGCCAUCGCGGCUUACUUUGCCGGGAAUCAGAAGCAGCUUGAACAGACACUUAAGCAGUUCCACAUCAAGUUGAAAACUCCCGGUGUGGAUGGUCCAUCCUGGCUUGAAGAGCAAUAAUUGGAAGGAAAAACAAGGAAAACCAAGAAUCCUUAACCCUGUUCAGGAGUGAGGGGGCAGGUGGGGUGGAUUGAAGGCGGGGGAGUGGGGCAGGGAGGAGGAGGAACCAUUGAAGUGAUUCUUGCACAGAUAGCUUUAAUUUCUCCCUUUUUAAUACUUUAAUGAUCGAACGCUUCAAUUUUGUGGGAAUGUGGAGGACUUUAAUAUAAACAUAAUUUCUAUAACCUAGACAUAAUUUCUAUCAUUUCCCUUUUGGAGACUCCUUUUGUAUGUAAGGAUCAAUGGCUUUUUCUGUAGCUCGAAAACAUCUACUAUAGUUUUGCACUGUUGAGAUAAAAUUUGUGGCUUCUGGUCCUUGAGACACGGGCUAGCUGUCAUUCUUUCCGAAGGGAGGUUUACAUGAUUUGUAUCAACAGCGGAUAUUUUAUAUAUAUGAAUAUAGUAAACAUCUUUAAAAGAUUCACUUUCAUGUAUUCGUUUUAAAAGAGAGAGUAAAACUAUUUUGAAGAGUAAUAUUCUAAGCUUUAGAUGGAGCACCUAGGCAGAGGAGACAGCUGGAGAGGAGAGUGAAGUGCGGCAAGUACUUUCUUUAAAGGUGGAUCUGUGGGGAUAUUGGAAAUUUGCUUAAAACUCUUUAGAGAAGCAGGAAUCACACUGUCACUUCCAUGAGGCAUCAGUGUCUUGCAUUUGCAUUCACUAGGUCAUUUGCAGGGUAAAGCCUGAUGCAUUAGCAGACUCAGUUUUGAUUCAUUGCAUGAAAUGUACUUAAGAAGUUCACCUGCCAUUCCUCAGAAGAGGGGUUUCCUGGUACAGGAACUUGGCAGUUCAGUUCCUAGAGUCUGGCCAGUUAAGGAGGUGCCCAUCAAGUAGCAGUGAUCUCCUAGGCAGGAUAUAAUGUACUUUCCAUGUAAAAUAAUACCGCCUUAGCCUUAAAUCACAGGUAUGUGCCUUCUUAGUGGAUAACUCCUGUUCGAGGGGGGAACUAAAUCCACAGGGGAGUCCUUUCAAGAUAUCUAGGAGGUCAGUUCCGAGCUAGGAAAGGGGCCCUGUGGGGAUGUUUGGGGGGUGUUCUGGUUUUUAGUCUACAAAUCAAGUUGAAAUAAAUUUUGGGUGUUUUUGUUUGGUUUUUUUCAGUGGGCACGGGAGGUGCAAGGAGGGAAACAGUAAAGUAGAGCCAGUACUAUGUUAGUUACAGAGCAGAGUUCCUUGCAUGAGGUUGCUCUCUGAAAAUUGCAAUAUUUCUUCAGUAUUGUAAUCCUUAUUAAAUGUAAAACUGAUUUUUGUCAUGGAUCUUUUAAAUUAAUAUUAUUUGGGGCAGGUUAGCCAUCUCAUGCACACAUUCCCAUAUCUUUUGUGUUGAAAUGAAGUACUUUAAAUAUAACUGUUAUUUACCACCAAGAACUCUAGGAUUUAUGUUCUGUGUGUUCAAAUGUCUUUCAGCUGGCUUUUUUUUUUAUUAAUAUGGCUGCUUUCAGUGCUUAACGCAAUGUAACGUGACUGUAAAUCACAACCUAUUUUAAAUCAUUCCUUAUUGUAUAUUUGUAUUCUGGCAGAGCCUUAUUUUAUUCUUUUGGCAGAAUUACUGCUUGUAAUAAUAGUUCAUUUACAUUCCCCAGAAUGUGCCUCCAGUGUGAAUUUUGUAUUCUUAUUAAAGGUGUUUGCUGCAGUC